UCAAUCGGAAAAACAAAGGAGAGAGUAAAAACAGAAAAAAAAAAAUAAAAUCCUGCACAGCACAGAUAUUUGUUUGGGAACACACAAGCGAAGCUAAAGCUCAGUUUCUCUCGCAGCUUCGACAUGGCAGAAUCACUUGCUCCACUUUAGGGUUUCGCUCUCCUCGCUCUGUUUCUCACUCACUCGUGACUCUAAUGCGUGGAGGUGUUACCAAGUUCAGUCAAACUAUCAAAGUAGCUGGUGUAAAUUGGUUUCCAAUGGCAUUUGAUCCUUCCACAAGAGCAAUAUGGGAUAUUUAACACACUAAUAAAUUCGUAUUGGAUAGUUUUGGAGUGGAGAAAUUUUCAAUAUAUUCUGAGAUAGCAGAGGAAUAAACCAUUGACUAGUUCAAGAAUGGGAAAGGAUGUGCCACCUUAUGUAUUAAGUUUCACUAGAUACAAUAGUGCCCAAUUUACAUCAAGAACAAGCAUUGAAGAAAAUCAGUGCCAUACUCAUUGUAGAUUUGAUCUACUUUUUGGGUGUUUUGAAAAAUUUAUGAGAUGGAUUGAAUCUUGUAAAUGUUUAAAGAUGCUGUACAAACUCCAUCUUCAUGGUUUUUUUGGAGAAUACACCUAGCCUUUGGAGGAUUGUUUGGAAGAGCUAGAGCCUUGUAUUUUGUCUGUUUGAAGAUUAAAAUCUGUUGAAAUAGACUUGAUAUCAAUUUUGAGGCCUUGGCAGAUACCUCUAGUUAUUGGACCAAUUAGUUACAGAUGACCAAGAGUCUAUGUGAUUUGAGGCUUGCAGGCUGGUGGCAUUGUUAAAAGGUUUAUGCAUCAUUAAGAAAUGCUUAGGUUAUGUCUGAUGUAUUACAUAAGAAAGACCUAAUAGUAUAAACAAACAGUAUCAAGCCUUACUGGAUGUUUGGCACAUCGAAGUGAUAGUAAGUCGAAUAUUGUCAAAGCUUUUUUGUCCAAAAAACCAUAUAAAUCUAUCCUUUUCUUAGGACUUGAUAUGGCUUGAUAGGAUAUUCAUUCAACCUCAACUCUCUUGCCCCACACCUUUAAGUAACCCUAUUAUUAUGGCUAUUGCCUUUUGAUUUUGGCCACCUCUGCCAAAUUUUGCUCUUUAAAAUUUGUUUCAUUGUUAAUUUGGUGUCAUCAGGGAAUGCAUGCAUCCCCAAAUUCCCUGACUGGCAGUUACAGGGUUUUUUUAAUUUUUUUUGCAACUCUUUAUACAUCAGAUUAGAUUUCCUUGGAUUGAGGAAAUGGAGGAAGAUGUCGGGAAAUGGGACAGAUUUAUAAAACCAUAUACUGGGCUGUUUAAUGGUUUGGACUGUUUGCAUCAAAACAAUACCUGACUUUCGUAUGGAAUUGAAGGUGAAAAAGGAUGGAAUGUACCUCUUAUUUAAGGCAAUAUAUAUUGAUUUAUCCUCUGAAAAAAUGUAAUAUAUGUUGGGAAGAUUCGAGGGGUACACUUGUGGACCACGAGCCACCACAUAAGGAAGCCUGAUACUACACUCUAACCCAAAAUCUUAAGGCUCAGGUUUAUGGGUCUUUUCCUCACUUAUAUGGCGCUCAGCCUUUUCACUUCUACCCGAUGUAGAACUUCACCUCACACUUGUAACCCAACACAUCUCCCCCUCAAGUGUGAGUCUCUUCCACAUGGUAGUCUCCCCCUCUAGCGGAAGUCUUUUAUCAUCCAUGAGUAUAGCCAUGGCCACCUACGGUACUUGCCCUGCUUGCUAGCCAUUCUGGCCACCCCGCUCCACCUGCGGGGCACGCUAUGGCGCUAGCCAUUCUGGCCACCUGCGGUACUUGCAUACUCGAUCGAGCCGGUCACCAACUUCAACCAUCGGCUCUGAUACCAAUUGUUGGGGAGAUUCAAGGGGUACACCUGUGGACCAAUGUGUUGGAUUACAAGUGUGAGGUUAAGUCCCACAUCGAGUAGAAGUGGAAUGGUUGAGUACCAUAUAAGUGAGGAGAAGACCCAUAAAUCCGAGUCUUAAGAUUUUGGGUUAGAGUGUGGUAUCAGGCUUCCUUAUGUGGUGGCUCGUGGUCUACAGGUGUACCCCUCGAAUCUCCCCAACAAUUGGUAUCAGAGCCGAUGGUUUGACUUGGUGACCGGCUCAGUCGAGUAAGAUGACAGCAAUGGAUCUCAGCCUUGGGGAUCCCUUAUAUCGAAAGUCUUCCUGGUGGUGAGUCCAGGCAGCGUGUCCCGCAGAUGAAGCGGCGGUGCAAGUACCGCAGGUGGCCAGUCAUGGCUAUAUUCGUGGAUGAUAAAAACCUUCCGCUUGAGGGGGAGACUCACACUUAAGGGGGAGAUGUGCUGGGUUACAAGUGUGAGGUGAAGUCCCACAUCGGGUAGAAGUGAAAAGGUUGAGCACCAUAUAAGUGAGGAGAAGACCCAUAAACCUGAGCCUUAAGGUUUUGGGUUAGAGUGUGGUAUCAGGUUUCCUUAUGUGGUGGCUCGUGGUCCACAGGUGUACCUCUCGAAUCUCUCCAACAAUAUAUUCAUUUUCACUCAUUACUUUCAUAUAUUCCAAGCACAUUCUACUAUAUGGUCUGAAAAAUGCUUACAUGUUCAUUAUUGGUGCUGGUAGAAAAUCCUGUUUCUGUUCCUUUGGUUUGUUAAUCCAAUCUACAUAUUAUACAUUUAUACUUUAGGAGGCCUUGGCUCAAUGCUUAACACACAAUGCUUACAUCCUCAAAAUGUUAUGUUGUUAUCAGUAUUUUUUUUUAGAAGCCAUCAGUAAUCUUUAUUUAGAAGCAGAAAGAAAGAAAUUUUCAAAGGAACCUGUGGAGUAAUUCCUGAUCUGGAUCAAGUGGAUUUGAUUAUAGAACCUGAAUAUACAACUGAAAACUGUUCCUCAGUCAAUUAUAUCCACAUGAAAUGCUAGAACACUGUUUUUGUGAAAGAGGAGCAUUACAGUUUUGACAAGUGAGAUGAGUGGAAGUGGCAAAAAGCGCUCUUCAAAGUGGGAUUUGAGAGACAAUCCUGAUUUUUCUCCUGAUGAUGGUAAGCAAUUGCGGUCUGGGUGGUCCUCUGCAGGUGAUAAAUUAAAGCAUUUUUCUGGAGGCAGAGGAUCAAAUAAGGAUAAUAUUAUGAAUAAAGAUUAUAGAGUUUUGGAUUCAACAAUGGAAUGGGAUGAGGAUGAAAGUUAUGACCAUAAAAUGUCUCCUGGGUUGGAUGCAUGGAAACAUAAGAGACAUAAUAGUCAAUCCCCCAAAAAUGGUUGGAGCAGGUCGGUCAGCAGGAGUAGUCGAAGCAGGAGCCCUCCUCAUGGUUUUAGGUGGGAUUCGGGAGUCAAUGACAGAAGUAGAAUGCGGGCUGGAGGAUCGACACAACCAUGUAGAGAUUUUGCUGCUGGUAAAUGCAGAAGAGGCAGUCACUGUCAUUUUCUUCAUGAUAAUCAAAAUCACGAGGAUGGUUGGGAAGAUAAGUACAGGGAAGAUGGAGCUCCCAGAUAUUCUGCUCCCCGCGAGGGUAGAGACUAUUCUCUUAAGAGCGGUAGAUCUGAUGAAGCUUGUAUUAAUUUUCCAAAAGGAAGGUGUAGAAUGGGAGCAUCAUGCAAGUUUGUGCAUCAUAACAAUUCUGAUGGGCACAGUAAAGUUUCUGUGGAUGGAUUAACUAGAGAGAGGGAAAUUGAUAGAAGGCACAGAGACAGUUCUUUUGAGCAGGGUAGCGGGCAUGGACCAAACCGUGGUGAUACUCUUUGCAAAUUUUUUGCUAAUGAAAGUUGUCGUAAUGGUAAAUAUUGUAGGUUUUCUCAUGACAGGCAAGCAUGUAGAAGCCAUAAUAGAAGAUUAAGAGAUGAUAGGUGGGCAAGCAAUCCUGGAGGAGAUUAUCAUAUGCUGGAUAGACCGAAAUUGAGUGAUUCAGUUAGUCCAAAUAGAAGGCCAAGGGGUGAUAGGUGGGGUUCUGAUGGUAACAAGGCUGAUGCAGAUAAAGUUUGGGACAGUCCAGAGCGGAAUGAUACAGUGGCUGUCUCUGAUACAGCAAAGCUGGUUGAGGACAAAAGUGAAAAUGUGGUUGCCGCUGAGCAAGGAUUCACUCCUUUGGCUAUGAGGGAUGGAUGGGGUCAUAGUUUGGAUAAAAGCAGAGUGCAUAGUAAACAGCCAUUUUCAAGUGAUAAGAAGGAAGCUGACAGUUGGAUAGCAGGAAAUGCUGCCAACAUGCACGGUUCCCAGUCAGUAGGUACAGACAUUUGGUUGGGUGAUGAUGCAAAAAUGUCUCCUGAUUGGGAUUACAGGGUGAGAUCUUCCAGCUGUAUUGAAGAAAAGCAUGAACAAAAUAAGCAUGGGAUAACGCAGGGUUUUAUGUAUUUAGCCACCUCUGAACAUGACAGAAUACAAAUUGCUCCAGGACAAGAUUUUAAUCAGAAUGCAGAGAGUUUUAAUCCUUUGCAUUCUUCAAGCUGCCAAGUAGUUGGACAAACUCAAGUAGCAGCUCCCAUUCUACCUUCACAGGGUGGAAUUGUUGAUGGUAUGCUGAAACAGGAAGUCUCUACUGAGAAAAAAUACACUACUGAACCAAAUAUCAUGGAUGCUGGCUUAUUACAAGUUAGUUCAAGAGAUCCUCCUCCAACUGAGAACGUGGUAGGCAAAGAACAGCUUGCUCAGCUUACCAAUCUCUCAGCCUCACUGGCUCAUAUCCUUGGAACAGGGCAACAGCUGCCACAACUUUAUGCUGCUUUAAAUUCUCAUGAUGCAAAGGGCACAUCCUCCCUAGCAAAGGCUGAGGUGCUUGCUAUGCCUCUUUCCAACACACUCAUCAGGCCAGAUCCUGCUGUUGGACUCCUGAAGCAGUAUGAUCCAAUGUGUGACAGUGUUGAGCCAAAGAGUGCUGUUGCAAGUAGUGGGGUAACCCCAGCCAUUCCCCCAUGUAAAAAAGUUGCAGAAGAUGUAGUGGAAAUUUCAUCACAGUCCAACACAGCAAGACAAAAUUGUGGCAAUUCUUCCAAGUCUGCUGGCUCAGAAGAACUUGUCAAGAGUGAUCCUCUAAUCCUGUUGCAGCCAGGUCAAAACAUUGGGGUUAAUAAAGAUGAUAACAAGGAAGUGUUACCUGAGGAAAGGCAAAAAUCUAAAGAUGAUCCUAAAAAUACCAAAGAGAGUGGUCCUUUGGAAAACAUGGAGCAAACUGAUGGUCCUGAUGAGGCAAAGAAAACAAAGGGAAUGAAGGGGAGUCGUGCAUUUAAAUUUGCAUUGGUCGAGUUUGUUAAGGAGCUUCUGAAACCAACAUGGAAAGAUGGUCAAAUCACCAAAGAUGAUUAUAAAACAAUUGUGAAGAAAGUUGUUGAUAAAGUAACUGGUUCCAUGCAGGGGGCCAAUAUUCCUCAGACACAGGAGAAAAUUGACCACUAUUUGUCAUUUUCAAAACCAAAGCUUAACAAACUUGUACAGGCGUAUGUGGAAAAGGUUCAGAAGGCUUAGUGCAAUUAUAGAAAUUUGACUGCCAAGUAGUUUAUAUUUUACUCAGCACUGUUGUCUUCAAUAUGUAUUCUGCUUCUUUACCUCUGGAUUUUUAUUUUUUUUUGUAUUUUGGCCAUUUGUUUGCGUACUGUAGCUCUUUUGCAGCAAUUGCGUACAACAAAUCAGGGAGCAUUUUUUUGGGCCUUUAAUUUUUUUUCUUCGUUUUUUUGGGGAAAAAUUAUUAGGUGUUUGUGCCAUUACCAACUCAAUAGUUAGGCAGUAAUGUGGGAUUUAAUUUAUUUUUCCAGUUUAUUGUAAUUAUAGGAGACAGCUGUUUGCUUUUCAGAACAGUGAGAAAGAAAUGGAACCAAAAGAUGCUCAAGUCCAAUGCUUGAUUAUUUCAAAACUGGACGGAGGAGGUUUCAACUGUCAACAUUUUCAACUAUAA